ACAGAUAAUCAUAAUUUGAACGUUCUUAUUUACUGUCCAGUUUCUUUUUAAUAAAUGUAAUUUGAUGUUGACAUUCUACGUAAAUCUGUAAUGGCAAAUUCUUUCACGCAUUAGGCAUUUAAAGCAAGUUUUUAUGAGAUAUUUCCAUCGCUUUUAUGUCAUAGUGUUGCCACCCACAAGAUCUAUGUAAAUUUGAAUAUUUGUCUUUGCAUGCAGCUCUGCGAGUGGAAAAAUUUCAUAUUCAUUCGAUAAUCAGCUGUCAAAAAAAAAUUAUUGAAAAAACUUUUAGUUUUAGUAAAAACGGACAUAAUUUGUUCAAUUUUUAAGGAAUAUAAUUGAAAUUGAAAUAUGAAUUGGUACAACGGUAAUAUAGCGGAAGCCGUGACACAGUCAAAACUAAAAAAUGCAAUCUUUGUGGUGUAUGUUGAAGGUAAAGAUGAGACCACUGAAAAACUUUCCCGUUUUAUCGAUGAGUUGGCAGUAAGAGAAAAGUUAGAGUCAGACGAUUUUGUUGCCGUUAAAAUUCAAAGUGAAAGUGAGGCUUACAUCCAAUUUGCCAGCAUCUAUCAAAUGGUACCGGUACCAUCAAUAUUUUUUAUUGGCAAAUCAGGUGCUCCGUUGGAAAUUGCCACCGGCAUUAUUGAGAGUGCCGAGGAGUUGGCAACUAAAAUUGUGAAAGUCUUAGAAUUGGCCGGAAAACCCCCUGCACCACCAGCUUCCAGUUCCCUAAGUGAUGAGUUUAUAAAACAAGAGCAAAAAGUGGAAGAUACGUUAGACAAUAAAAAAGAAGAUAACGUUGAAAAACAGUCUGUAUCUGAAGUGAUUUGUGAUGGUGAAGUUUGCUACAUAAAGAGGAAACCUCUUCCAGAACAAGAGGAACCUGGUAUUGAUCGGCCUACUACUUCUAGAGUCAACGAAGCGCCUAAUGGCGGUCCAGAAAAGCUGGAAGAAACACGCAAGUAUCUCGAGCAAAGAAGACGUGAACGUGUUGAAGAAGAAAACCGUUUAGAAAAAGAACGUGAAUUGAAGCGUCGCCGGGAAGGUAGAGAAAUGCAAAAUCUCCGUGAUUGGCAACAGGAGCAAGAGCUUAAAGAACUAAAAGAAAAUAUGAAACGUGAACGUUUAGAAGAGCAGGCCGCCCGAGAACGUAUACGCGCCCAAAUUGCGGCCGAUAAAGCGGAACGAGCACAUAAAUUUGGACAAGAUUCUCAACCGACAACUUCACAAGGUCAUCAGCCAUCUGUUAUUGCACCUCAUACUACUCCACCUUCUACGCUAAGCGACGAGUCUCGUUUACAAUUCCGUUUGGCUAGUGGUCAGAGUCAAAAUCAAACAUUCAAAAAUACCACCACUUUGGCAGAGGUACGCGAUUAUGUGAAAAAUCAAGUUAUACCUGGAACCGGUAUACGGGACUUCAUUUUGGCUACAACUUACCCUAAGAGAGAAUUCACACUUGAUCAUUUUGGUAUGACCUUACUCGAGCUUGAGCUUUUCCCUAGUGCUGUCAUAUUGGUUAUAAGCAAAGAAGCUGCUGGAGCUGGCGCGAUUUUAGCCAGAUCUGGUGGUUUAUUAAAUAUGCUUUCUACCAUUUUGUGGGCUGUCUUAAAUCCAAUUUUAGCUGCCGUUGGCACUGUGAAAGGUUGGUUUGUUGGCGACACUAGUGGACGAAAUAUUCAAACGGGUGCGCAGAAAAGGGCUAGUGAGGAACAAGAUGUACAAAAUGAUGUAGCUAAACGUCGCAAUCUGGAUCGUUUCUUGAGUGGCAACGCUGGACCCUCAACGUCGGGCAAUAACAAUUCGGAUAAGACCGAUAAUUCCAAUGCCGCUACCACCUAUCGCCGUUAUGUAAGUGGAUCCAAUAUACAUCGCUUAACCGAUAAUCGUAAAGAUUCUGACGACGAGAACGCCACUUGGAACGGCAAUUCCACGCAACAACAAUAAAUUGCAAUAGUAAUGAAGAAACAAAAGAAAAACAAAUAUGUCGGCUAAAAAUUUAUGUGAAAA